AUGGCCAUGACAGCUGAACACCAGAUUUCUGGGUUAUUAGGUCAGUUCCGGUCACAGCUGACUCGGUCUAUGUUGAGUGGUGCCCACAAUGAGGAGGGCUCAGCUAGCAUGUGGAAGGCCCUCAACUACUUUAUUGUACACUCUGGGUUGAAAGUGAGCGUGCUGAAUGUCUUCCUGAAGUCAUACCACAGAAAGCAAAGAACCCAUUUCAUUGCCUACCUCCAUAUCUGCAUCAGGUCCAAACCCUUCCCCUGGAGAGACAGCAACCAUACUUUAUUUCAUAAUGCUCUUGUGAAUUUGCUUCCAACUGGCUAUGAAGAUGAAUAA